AUGGCAAUAGCAAACACUCAUAAUAGGGCAAGACAUUCUAGGCCUAAAAUGCCCAAAUCGAAGCCUUUCGAUGCGGAGAAAGGUUCUAAAGAACUUGAAAAUUUUAUAUGGGAUAUGGAGCAAUGCUUCAGUGUGGCUAAGAUUAGGGUAGUUGACCAAGUUGAUAUCACAAUGAUGUAUCUCAUAGGUGCUGUUAAGUUAUGGUGGAGGAAAAGGAUAAAAGAGGACUUGAAUGCUGAACAUUCUAAAAUUAAGAUUUGGGAUCGUUUCAAGAAAAAAUUAAAAGAGAAAUUUCUAUCAAGCAAUACAUCAUGGAUUGCAAGGGAGGAAAUGAAGAAGCUUAGGCAUGAGAAGUCAGUUCAGGAGUAUGUUAAAAGCUUCAUUUCUUUGAUUCUCAACAUCAAGAAUAUGUUUGAAGAAGAUAAGCUCUCCAACUUCUUGUUAGUUGCUGCUGUUGUGGUUGCUGAAGAAGAAUCGAAUAAUCAAGGGCGGAGAACAGGGUAUCGUGGCUCUAUUCUUGGCCACAAUAUUGUCAAUUGUAAUAGAAAGGAAGGUGAGUUAAGGUUAUAUAAUGAUUAUUUUGCUGAAAAUCCUAAAUUCACUGAAACUCAAUUUCGAAGAAGAUUUAGGAUGAGUCAUCUUCUUUCUCUUCGGAUCGCAAAUGCAAUGGAAGCUCAUAAUCCAUAUUUCAAACAAAGGACAGAUGCUCUUGGUGUUCUUGGUUUAUCUUGUCUUCAAAAUGUAACUACAGCUCACAGAAUACUUGCAUAUGGUAUUCCUGCAGAUCUUACUGAUGAAUAUCUUCAAAUUGGAGAAAGCACUGUGAUAGAAAGUCUUAAAGCUUUCGUCAAAGCAAUCGUAGAAGUUUUUGGUGAUUGGUAUCUAAGGGCACCAAACGAGGCUGAUUUUUAUCGAUUAUUAUCAAUUGGAGAGCAGUGUGGAUUUCCUGCUGAAGGUCGUACUGCUCUUAUCAAUUAUACAAUUAAUGGGCAUGAAUAUACAAUGGGAUACUAUUUAGCAGAUGUGAUUUAUUCUAAUUGGUCAACUUUUGUUAAGACAAUCCCAAAGCCAUUAGGAGCAAAGAGAAAAUAUUUUGCAAGUAAGCAAGAGUCUGCAAGAAAGGAUGUAGAGCGGGCAUUUGGGGUGCUCCAAUCUCGUUUUGCAAUUGUACGUGGACCUGUUCGAUAUUGGGAUGAAGAAACGCUUGCAAAUAUUAUGAAAGCUUGCAUAAUAAUGCAUAAUAUGAUUAUUGAGGAUGAAAGAGCAAUGAACCUUGGAUUUGACCAUGAACGUGAAGUCAAUUCCUUUAUAUCAGUGUCACAUGGUGAAAUACUAGAACUACAUGAUUUUCUUCAAACUCAUAAUCAAAUCAGGGAUAGAGCAACUAGUUCUCAACUAUAA